CCAGCCAACAGCAGCUCCAAAACCCUAGAUCCUUUCCCAUCUCUUCUUUUUGUUCUCCAGUUGUUAGGAAGGCUUGACUUCUAUUUUUCAUUUCUUGCUUUUCAAGGUUUCCUUCCCCAUAUCAUUCAUCUCUCUGUCAAAAGGGGGAAAAAAAUAGAAUAGAAAAAGGAAGGAAGGAAAAACAACCCAAACUGUACCCAUUACCCAACACUCACUCACUUCACAACCCCAAACGUACGUAAAGUUGGAGACUUUCCUUUGAUUCUUCCAAAACCCAGUUUCCAGAUCUAUCUGAUUUCUUAAACCCACAUUCUCUCUCGGGUUUUCCUUAAGCUCAUUCAUUCAUUCAUCAGUUUACCUGGACAAGAACAUAUAUUAACCGAUUUUACUCUGUUUGCUGGAUUCUCUUUAAUGCUGAGCUACGAUUCUCCCCACUGGCUAGUUAAUGAAUGAUAUUAUGAAGUAAAUUUCGUAUCUUGGCUCUUGAAUUUGCUUGUUUUGCGUUAUUUUGAGCUGAUUCCCAGCUUGAUUUUGUGCGAUCCGCUUUGAAAAUAGGUGAGAGAUUUAGCUGGAGGUUUUAAAGGAGAUUCUAGGACAAUUCUCUGGAGCUCCAGUAAUCUGAUAGAGAUCUGAGGAUUUUCUAGCUGGCCAUGUUUUCUGCCUGAUAGUCGUACAAAUUGUGGGUUAGUUGUCGGGGUUUUCUUUGAGGAUAUGGCUGUUCCAUCAGGUAAUGUGGUGAUGUCGGAUAAAAUGCAGUAUGCUGCUGCUGCUGCUGGUGGCAGUGUGGGUGGUGGCGGCGGAGCUAAUGAGAUCCACCCUCGACAGCAGUGGUUCCCGGUGGACGAGCGUGAUGGGUUCAUCUCGUGGUUGAGAGGGGAAUUCGCCGCUGCAAAUGCGAUGAUUGAUGCUCUCUGCCACCAUCUAAGGGCUGUCGGUGAGCCAGGGGACUAUGAUUUAGCUAUAGGUUGUAUUCAGCAAAGGAGGUUCAACUGGAACCCGGUGCUUCAUAUGCAGCAGUAUUUCUCUGUUGGUGAGGUGGUAUUCGCAUUGCAGCAGGUAGUGUUAAGGCGGCAACAACAGCAGCAGCAGCAGCAGCAACAACCGCAACAGCACCAGUACAAUAGAUACUAUUCUGAUCAGCCCAGGGCUGGUGCCAAAGAAUUCAAGAGGUCUUUUGGUGGUGCAGGGUUUAACAAAGGGCAUAGAGGGAGUGAAGCACCGAAAGAGUUUGUUCGUACUAGUUUAGAGAGUUACAAUUUAGAUGGCAAUGGUUCAGGAAAUGUAAGUAGUGAGACAAAGGAGGAUCCUAAAUCAGGCGCGACUAAUGGUAAAAUGGACGAGAAGGUUUCAGCAGUUGCCCAGGACAAGAAAGAUGUUACCACAUUGCCACACAAGGAUAGCCAAUUAAAGAGUGGUCGAACCUCAGAAGAAACCGUGUCUGGGAAUUCGGAACCUGAGCCUGUGGCUGCUGAUGAUCAACUUAUCCUCAAAGAGAGCAACUCGGUUAUCAGUCAGAAUCAGAAUGAGAUGCCAAAUCCCAGUGGCAGUCCAAAGACUUUCAUUGGAACAGAGAUAAUUGAUGGAAAGGCGGUUAAUGUUGUCGAUGGAUUAAAGAUGUAUGAGCGUUUGCUUGACGACUCCGAAAUCCCGAAACUGGUUUCGUUGGUUAAUGAUCUGAAGGCUGCAGGUAGAGCAGGGAAAUUUCAAGACCAGAAAAUCGAACCAAUCCCUCCCCUGUUGCAAGAUGUCAUUGACCGUAUGGUUGGCGCACAAAUCAUGACCACAAAGCCAGAUUCGUGCAUGAUCAAUAUUUUCAACGAGGUGGCUCAACUCUACCAAGGUGACCACUCGCAGCCUUACAUGUGCCCUUCAUGGUAUGGAAGACCUGUGGCCAUUCUUUGCUUGACUGGAUGUGAGAUGGUGUUUGGCAGAACGAUAAAUUCCGACCAUGCUGGGGACUACAGAGGCUCUCUCAAGCUAGCUGCUGAGCCUGGAUCGCUUCUGGUGUUGCAAGGGAAAUCCUCUGAUUAUGCAAGGCAUGCACUUCCUGCACUUCGAAAGCAGCGAAUUCUCAUCACCUUCACCAAGUCCCUGCCUAGGAAAUUUUCCCCUGGUGAUGGCUCGUCACAGCGUUAUACACCAUUAUCCACCACAGCAGCCCAUUCAUCCUCUCACUGGGGUCCACCGCCAAGUAGAUCGCCAACUCAUCAUGUUCGUUAUGCUGGGCCAAAGCACUAUGUUCCAACAACUGGUGUACUGCCUGCACCAUCGAUUCGAGCUCAUCAUCAGAAUGGUGUUCAGCCACUCUUUGUAACUUCUCCAAUGGCCGCACAGGUGCCUUUUCCUUCCCCAGUCCCCAUCCAUACUCCUGUUCCAGCCACCUGGGCAGCAGCAGCUGGUCAAAGGCAUCCCUCACCUCGCCUGCCAACUGUCCUGGUGCCCGUCCCUGGGACCGGCGUUUUCCUGCCUCCAGCAGCAAAUGAAACUGCUGCUGCAGACUCGGCUCCUUCCCCACCUGAGAAAGAAAGCGGGCAAGGGAAGCCUAGUGAAGGAGUGAAGGCCCCGUUGAAACAGGAAUGCAAUGGAGUGGCAGCCAAGGCAGAAGAGCAGGUCACCGGAGCUAAUGGAGUGUAGCGAGAGAGAGAGAGAGGUUUUGGCAGGUGAGAGAAGAGAGUAGGAGUAAUGGUGGUAAGCAAUGAGUUUGAAAGCGAAAAAUGUAAAGAGCGGCGAAACAUUGGAGACUAUUUGACAUGGAUCAUCUCAUACUUAGUUACAACUGAGUGGGGGAGACUGAAUGGAGAUGGUGGGGAGAAGAAGAAGAAGAAGAGCUUGGAGGGAGGAGAUGAUGGUAAGAGAAGCUUUUGGCUGUGUUUCUCUUUUACCAUUUCUCUCUACUUCCCUUUUUUUUUUCUAUGUUUCCUGUCUACUCUGAUACAUUUUUUGGUGUCUCACUAUAUAUUACAGAAGUACCACUCAGUCACUCACUAGGAUCAGUUCGGAUUUGGAUGAGAAAACCUCAGCCUCAUUCUCCUUCCAUCUAAUAUUUGACAUCAUUAUAUCAUCACCUAGCCUACUCUUUGAUGUUCUUAGCGGGGACAAUCUCUCAUUAUUGUGCUUCUGUAGUGUGUUACCUAGUCUUCAUUCGGUCGUUGUGGUUAUGGUGAUAAGAGGG